AUGGGCUGUACUGCCAGCAUUGUUCUGCUUCAAGCUUUUCGCUCUGUGGUCCAGAGGAGCUGUCCACACAUUUGUAGACGACGCCAGGAGGAACCCUCCCAUGAAAUCCUGCCUCUGGAAAGCGACGAUGAAAUGAGCAGACCCCGAACCCUCAUCCUAAUGCAGGAAAAGCCGAGGCUCCUGGAGCCCUUGGACUAUGAAACGGUCAUUGGAGAACUUGAGAAGGCCUAUGGGAACGAUCCUCUUCGCGAUCUCCUGUUCUUCCCCAGUGACGAUUUCUCAAUCGCCACGGUGCCUUGGGACAUCCGAACAUUGUACUCUACAGUGCCCGAGGAUGCAGCGAGCAAGGCUGAGAGUUUACUGGUGAAAGAGGCUUGUAAGUUUUAUAGUUCUCAGUGGUAUGUGGUCAACUACAAGUAUGAACAAUAUUCGGGAGACAUUCGACAGUUACCCCGAGCAGAAUACAAACCAGAGAAACUCCCUUCCCAUUCCUUUGAGGUGGACCAUGAAGAUGCCGAUAAGGAUGAAGAUACAACAUCCCACUCGUCCUCCAAGGGUGGCGGCGGGGCCGGAGGAAGUGGAGUGUUCAAGUCUGGCUGGCUCUACAAAGGAAACUUUAAUAGCACCGUGAACAACACAGUCACUGUUCGGUCGUUCAAAAAGCGCUACUUCCAGCUCACCCAGUUGCCAGACAGCUCCUACAUCAUGAAUUUUUACAAAGACGAGAAGAUAGCCAAAGAGCCCAAAGGCUGCAUCUUUUUGGAUUCCUGUACAAGUGUGGUGCAGAAUAACCGACUGAGGAAACAUGCCAUUGAGCUAAAGAUGAAUGACCUCACCUAUUUCGUGCUGGCUGCAGAAACGGAGUCCGACAUGGAGGAGUGGAUCCACACCCUGAACCGCAUCUUGCAAAUCAGUCCUGAGGGGACCCUGCAGGGAAGACGGAGCAUGGAGCUCACUGACCUGGGGCUGGAUCCACUGGAGAACUCGGUAGCUUGUGAAUGCACACCUGAGGAGACAGAACCUUCCGAGAGCAGCCUCCACCCAGACUUUGCAAAAUACCUCACGGAAACGGAAGAAACGGUCCGAAUGACUCGGAACUUGGAGAGGUUAAAUCUGUUCUCACUAGAUCCGGAUAUAGAUACCUUGAAACUUCAGAAAAAGGAUAUAUUAAUGCCGGAGUCUGUGAUCAAACCGUUUGAAGAGAAAGCAGCCAAGAGGAUCCUGGUCAUCGGUAAAGCCCUCAAUCUGAAUCUCCAGGGAUGUGUGACGGAGAAUGAAAAUGAUCCAGUAACGAACAUUGAACCCUUCUUUGUGAGUGUGGCGCUUUAUGACCUCCGAGACAACCAGAAGAUUUCUGCCGAUUUCCACAUGGAUCUAAACCACACUGCUGUCAGGCAGAUGAUCUCAGGGGCGUCCGUGGCUUUGGAAAACGGCAGCAUUGACACCGCCACUCCGAGACAAUCAGAAGAGCCCUGCGUCAAGGGGUUUCCAGAAGAAUGGCUGAAAUUCCCAAAGCAGGCUAUCUUUUCUAUAAGCAACCCACACUCUGAAGUUGUUUUGGUGGCCAAGAUUGAAAAGGUUCUCAUGGGAAACAUUGCAAAUGGUGCUGAGCCUUACAUUAAGAAUCCAGACUCCAACAAGUAUGCACAAAAGAUCCUAAAAUCCAACAGGCAGUUCUGCAGCAAAUUGGGGAAAUACCGCAUGCCGUUUGCUUGGGCUGUAAGAUCAGUAUUUAAAGAUAACCAGGGAAAUGUGGACAGAGACUCAAGAUUUUCGCCGCUAUAUAGACAAGAAAGUAGCAAGCUAUCAACUGAGGACCUACUUAAAUCAGUGACGGAUUACAGAAGGGCUGACAGAAUAAGCAAAGCGCUGACCAUCCCAGGAAGCCUGGAUAUUGCUGUUGACAGUGUCCCUUUGGAGCACCCAAACUGUGUGACAUCAUCCUUUAUCCCUGUCAAGCCUUUCGAUGUGACAGCUCAGCCUGAACCCACGCUGGAGGUGGAAGAAUUUGUUUACGACACAACCAAGUGCUGCCGUCCUUAUAGAGUCUACAAAAACCAAAUCUACAUUUACCCCAGGCACCUCAAGUAUGAUAGCCAGAAAUGCUUCAACAAGGCACGGAAUAUCACAGUGUGCGUUGAAUUUAAAAACUCCGAUGAGGAUGGUGCCACUCCAGUGAAGUGCAUUUAUGGAAAACCCGGAGGGCCCCUCUUCACUUCGGCAGCCUACACAGCAGUGCUGCAUCAUUCACAGAACCCAGACUUCUUGGAUGAGGUGAAAAUUGAGCUACCAACACAGCUACAUGAGAAACACCAUAUUUUGUUUUCUUUCUAUCAUGUCACCUGCGACAUCAAUGCCAAAGCUAAUGCCAAAAAGAAGGGAGCUCUGGAAACAUCAGUCGGAUAUGCUUGGCUUCCUCUGAAGAGGCAUGAUCAGAUAACUUCCCAGGAGUAUAAUAUCCCAGUAGCAACAAGCCUGCCUCCUAAUUAUUUAAGCUUUCAAGAUUCUGCAAGUGCAAAGCAGCAGCAGCAGCAGAGUACAAGUGACAUUAAAUGGGUUGAUGGUGGCAAACCACUUUUCAAAGUAUCAACAUUUGUUGUAUCAACAGUGAAUACUCAGGAUCCACACGUGAACACAUUUUUUAAACAGUGCCAAAAAAGAGAGAAAGAUAUGUCUCGGUCCCCUUCCUCGAAUUUCGUCCGCUCUUGUAAGAAUUUAUUGAAUGUGGAAAAGAUUCAUGCAAUCAUGAGUUUUCUGCCUAUCAUCUUGAAUCAGCUCUUCAAGGUCCUGGUACAGAAUGAGGAAGAUGAAAUAAGUACACCUGUGACCAGGGUUCUGACUGACAUUGUGGCCAAGUGUCACGAAGAGCAGCAGGAACCCUCUGUGCAGUCCUACAUAAAGUUCGUGUUCAAGACCAGGACGUACAAGGAGAGAACCAUCCAUGAGGAACUGGCUAAAAAUGUGACCGGCCUUUUGAAAUCAAAUGACUCCACAGUCAUAAAGCAUGUCCUGAAGCAUUCCUGGUUCUUCUUUGCAGUUAUCCUAAAAUCAAUGGCACAGCACUUGAUUGACACAAAUAAAAUCCAGCUUCCACGGGCUCAACGAUUUCCUGAAUCUUACCAACAUGAAUUGGAUACUCUUGUCAUGGUCUUAUCUGACCACGUGAUAUGGAAAUGCAACAACUCCAUUGAAGAGACAAGAAGGGCCAAUCACAGCGUUGCCAGGUUUCUUAAGCGCUGCUUUACGUUCAUGGAUCGUGGCUUUGUGUUUAAGAUGGUGAACAAUUACGUCAGCAUGUUCUCCUCGGGUGACCUAAAGACCUUAUGCCAGUACAAGUUUGAUUUUCUUCAAGAAGUGUGUCAGCAUGAACACUUUAUCCCUCUGUGCCUGCCCAUACGGUCAGCACACAUUCCAGAUCCUUUGACACCUUCAGAAUCAAUGCAGGAGUUACAUGCAUCAGAGAUGCCUGAAUAUUCGGUCACAAAUGAAUUUUGCCGCAAACACUUCUUAAUCGGAAUUCUGCUGCGAGAAGUUGGCUUUGCUCUGCAGGAAGACCAAGAUAUCAGGCACUUAGCGUUAGCUGUCCUAAAAAAUCUGAUGGCGAAGCAUUCAUUCGAUGAUCGAUACAGAGAGCCUGAAAAACAGGCCCAGAUAGCAAGUUUAUAUAUGCCCCUCUAUGGCAUGCUUCUGGACAAUAUGCCAAGGAUUUACCUGAAGGACCUGUAUCCUUUUACUGUUAAUACAUCUAACCAGGGAUCUCGAGAUGACCUGAGCACCAAUGGAGGCUUUCCGAUCCAGACAGCUAUGAAGCAUGCCAACUCAGUGGAUACAUCAUUCUCUAAAGAUGUUUUAAAUUCUAUAGCAGCAUUUUCAUCAAUAGCUAUUUCUACAGUAAACCACGCUGAUUCCAGAGCAUCCUUAGCAAGUCUGGACUCCAACCCAAGCACCACCGAAAAGAGCAGUGAGAAGAAUGACAACUGUGAAAAGAUCCCAAGACCCUUGUCUUUGAUAGGCUCAACGCUUCGAUUUGACAAGUUAGAUCAAGCAGAAACCCGGAGUCUCCUGAUGUGUUUCCUUCACAUCAUUAAAACGAUUUCAGAGGGUACUCUGGUUGCCUACUGGCAACGAGCGCCCAGUCCAGAGGUAUCCGACUUCUUCAGCAUCUUAGAUGUCUGCCUUCAAAAUUUCAGAUACCUAGGCAAACGCAAUAUAAUCAGAAAAAUCGCUGCUGCGUUUAAAUUUGUACAGUCUACCCAGAAUAAUGGAACGCUCAAGGGAUCAAAUCCUUCCUGCCAGACGUCAGGUCUCUUGUCACAAUGGAUGCAUAGCGGCCAUGAAGGACAUAAGCAGCACAGAUCACAAACUUUACCUAUAAUUCGAGGCAAAAAUGCACUUUCUAACCCCAAACUUUUACAGAUGUUGGAUAACACCAUGAACAGCAACUCCAAUGAAAUAGACAUCGUCUACCAUGUGGACACUGAAGCCAACAUAGCGACAGAGGUUUGCCUCACUAUUCUAGACUUGCUGUCUCUCUUCACCCAGAUCCACCAGAGGCAACUCCAACAAUCUGACUGUCAAAAUUCACUGAUGAAAAGGGUCUUUGAUACCUACAUGCUCUUUUUCCAAGUCAACCAGUCAGCCACGGCACUGAAACAUGUAUUUGCCUCUUUGAGACUGUUUGUUUGCAAGUUCCCUUCAGCGUUCUUCCAAGGACCAGCAGACCUCUGCGGGUCAUUCUGCUACGAAGUCCUCAAGUGCUGUAACCACAGGUCACGGUCCACCCAGAUGGAAGCCUCAGCACUUCUAUACUUUUUCAUGAGGAAGAAUUUUGAAUUUAACAAGCAGAAGUCAAUUGUCCGGUCUCACUUACAACUCAUCAAGGCUGUCAGCCAGCUAAUAGCCGAUGCUGGGAUUGGAGGCUCUCGGUUUCAACAUUCCUUGGCAAUUACCAAUAAUUUUGCUAAUGGUGACAAACAAAUGAAAAACAGCAAUUUCCCCGCAGAAGUGAAAGACCUCACGAAACGUAUCAGGACUGUUUUGAUGGCUACAGCGCAGAUGAAGGAGCAUGAAAAAGACCCUGAGACGCUGGUGGAUCUCCAGUACAGUCUGGCAAACUCCUACGCCAGCACCCCUGAGCUCCGGAGGACCUGGCUGGAGAGCAUGGCCAAGAUUCACGCGAGAAAUGGAGACCUAUCAGAGGCCGCCAUGUGUUACAUCCACAUAGCUGCCCUCAUUGCAGAAUACCUGAAACGAAAAGGUUACUGGACAAUGGAAAAGAUUUGCACACCACCCCUGCUUCUGGAGGAUGCCCACCCCUGUGAUAGCAACCCAUUACUAACAACUCCUGAUGGAGGAAGUAUGUUCUCCAUGGGCUGGCCAGCUUUUCUAAGCAUUACCCCAAAUAUAAAAGAAGAGGGUGCGAUGAAAGAAGAUUCUGGAAUGCAGGAUACACCAUACAAUGAGAAGAUCCUGGUGGAACAGCUGUACAUGUGUGUGGAGUUCCUCUGGAAGUCUGAGCGAUAUGAACUCAUCGCUGAUGUCAACAAACCCAUCAUCGCCGUCUUUGAGAAGCAGAGAGACUUCAAGAAAUUAUCAGACCUCUACUAUGACAUUCAUCGGUCAUACCUAAAAGUUGCCGAGGUGGUGAACUCAGAGAAGCGACUGUUUGGUCGCUAUUAUCGUGUGGCAUUUUACGGGCAGGGAUUUUUUGAAGAAGAAGAAGGCAAAGAGUAUAUUUAUAAAGAGCCGAAACUAACAGGUCUCUCGGAGAUUUCCCAAAGGCUGCUCAAACUCUAUGCAGAUAAAUUCGGCGCAGACAAUGUGAAGAUCAUCCAGGAUUCCAACAAGGUCAACCCCAAGGAUUUGGAUCCCAAAUAUGCCUACAUCCAGGUAACCUACGUCACCCCAUUCUUUGAGGAAAAGGAAAUCGAGGACCGGAAGACAGAUUUUGAAAUGCAUCACAACAUCAACCGCUUUGUCUUUGAGACACCCUUUACCCUGUCUGGCAAGAAGCACGGCGGAGUGGAGGAGCAGUGCAAGCGGAGGACCAUCCUCACAACGAGUCACUUGUUCCCCUAUGUGAAGAAGAGGAUCCAGGUGGUCAGCCAGUCCAGCACUGAACUGAACCCUCUUGAAGUGGCCAUUGAUGAGAUGUCCAGGAAGGUCUCUGAGCUGAACCAGCUCUGCACCCUGGAAGACGUGGACAUGAUCAGACUGCAGCUGAAACUGCAGGGCAGCGUCGGCGUGAAGGUUAAUGCCGGACCCAUGGCCUACGCAAGAGCUUUUCUUGAAGAAACCAAUGCAAAGAAAUACCCGGACAACCAAGUAAAGCUUCUAAAGGAAAUCUUCAGACAAUUUGCAGAUGCCUGCGGGCAGGCCCUUGAUGUGAACGAGCGUCUAAUCAAGGAGGACCAGCUGGAGUACCAGGAAGAGCUGAGGGCCCACUACAAGGACAUGCUCAGCGAACUCUCCACUGUCAUGAAUGAGCAGAUUACCUACAGGGAAGACCCAUCAAGACGCGCAGUGGAGCGACCCUGCACUCGAGUCAUUAGCAAGGCGACUGCCACCCUGCCCUCUGGGCCGGGCUCCUCUGGGGCUGAGGUUUGAGGGUGCAGCAGUCCACGCACCUCUAAGAGAACUCUCGACGUUUGCAGCUACUCUCGGGGAAGAGAGAGACAGAAUUAAUUUAUUUGAAGUUUUUAUGAUGUUUAUAUAUAUAGUACACAUAAUGUGUGUACACACAUAUAUACAUACACAUCAGGGGGCUUGAAGAUUGUAGCAAAAUAGAAUGAAAAGGUAAUAGCAUUUCCCAUGAACUUCUUGAAGCAUCCUCGUAUGGGAGUGGCUUCAUCCGGGUGGUGUCGUGGGUUCUCAGGUGGGCUGCUAACCCCCAGGGGAGCAGUUUCAAACCCCAGCUACGUGGAGGGAGAAAGAGGAGGCUUUCUGCCUCCUUUAGAGUGACAUUCUCUGAAACCCACAGAGGCAGUUCUCUGUUCUGAAGGGUAGCUGUCAGCCAGAAUCAAAUGAUGGCAAUGAGUUGUAACUUUUUUUUUAAAUACAUGUGUACAUAAAGGGACUUCAACAUAUUUGUGGGGAAAUGGAAUGGAAAAAUGAUAAAAUGUCUCCAAGAACUUGUUGAGGUCUCCUUAUUCACAUACCUAGGAGCUCUGGUGGCAUAAAGGUUAUACAUUGAGCUGCUAAAUGAAAGGUCAGCGGUUUGAAACCACCAGCUGCUCUGAGAGAGAAAGAUGAGGCUUUCUGAUUCAGUGAGAUGGUUCCAGCCUCGAGAUCCCACGAGGGCCAUCUGACCCUGCUCUCCGGGGUUUCUGUGAGUCAGGGUCAGCUAGAUUGUUGUGAGUUGGGAUUUUUAAAUUUUGUUCACACACACACAUACACACACAGUUUUUUCUAACCUUGCUAGCUUGGGAAUUUUUCCAUCCUCCAGAUUUGCACAUUUUCGGUGUUUGCUGUCAAUUAUAUAUUCAAUGCCAAGUCCUAGUACAGUAUUUUGAAGGUCAAAGUGAAUGUUUUUGUAACAUGUAAAUAGAUAAUGUAAAAUACAUGAUUUUUACCAAAUGGAAAAGAACCUGUUUAGUUAAUACUCCUGAAAGUACUAAAAUGAUAUGAUCAAAAUGUCAGACAAAAUGAUAUUAAUGUUAUUUGUGUAUGUGUACAAAAGUGUUGAUAAAUACUAAUCUUUAAAGCUAAUGGGGUUCCUUUAUUUGUAAUAUAUGUCUCUUUAAAGCAAUGGGAUAUGAAAUUAUGAAAUUAUUUUGUUGUUAAUAUAAAUAAAAAAUACACUUACUUUGCA